AUGUCUUCCUUCGCGGCUCUUCUCCAGCGACUGGAGGUGCCCCAUCCUCCCGGCCAACCUCGUCCAACAUGGCUGCUGAACAAUGACAUCAAGCCCAUCGAGAAAGCCCGGCGUACCUGGAGAUGGCAUGAGUACUUCUCGUUCUGGUGCGUUGGCGCAUUCAACAUCACGAAUUUCCAAUUGGGGUCUGCUCUUCUGGCCAUAGGCCUGAACUGGUGGCAAACGACCCUCGCAAGUCUGAUUGGCCAUGUUCUUGCAGCUCUCCUCAUCGUAGUCACCAGCUUCCCGGGGCUGGAAUAUCAGAUUUCGUUCCCGGUGGCUAUGCGCAUUAGCUGGGGCUUCUAUGGUUCCGCCUUUGUCGUCCUAAAUCGUAUUUUGCUCUCAAUUGUCUGGUUUGGCGUGCAGUCAUGGCAGGGUGGACAGAUGACAUAUGUCUGUAUACGCGCCAUCUGGCCCAGCAUCGACAAAAUACCCAACACCAUUCCUGCUAGUACGGGCAUGACGCUACCCGCCUUCGUCGGCUUUAUCAUCUUCUCCGUCAUACAGGUUCCAUUCCUGAUCAUUGGCCCUGGUCGGCUAAGGUACAUGCUACAUGUCGGUGCGAUCGGUGGCUUCAUCUGCCAGCUUGUGCUCGUCUCAUGGGCUGGCGCCACCAAGGGCUCGCAGGGCUUCGGUGAGGUCCUGGAUAGCACGAACAAACUCUCAGGCAGCAACGCCGGUUGGAUAUUCCUUCUUGGUGUAGGGUCGACAAUGUCAAGUAUCACCGCUGGAACCUUGAGCAUCGGUGAUUAUGCUCGAUUCGCGCGACGACAGUCAUCGGGCAUUUGGUCUCAGGGCAUGGGAGCAUUCCCAGCUUGGAUAGCAAACGUGUUCGGAAUGCUGACCAUCGCAGCCACCCAGAAGCGAUACGGCUCCCCGCUAUGGAGUGUUGCCAGUCUUUUAAUGGCCAUGCAAGAUGACGAUCCCAGCUCUAAGACCCGCGUUGGCAUCUUCUUUUGCGCUUUCGUCUUUGGAAUCACGCAGCUCGUACUCAACAUCUCCGGAAAUUCCUUCUGCGGAGGUACUGAUAUGUCGGCCUUGCUUCCCAAGUACAUAAACAUUCGCCGUGGACAGUUCCUAACGGCUAUCCUGGGUACGGUGAUAAAUCCGUGGUACCUCUUGAGCGGAGCCCUUGUCUUCAUCUCUGUGUUGUCGUCCUAUGUCGUCUUUUUACAACCUUUCAUCGGUAUCGCCGCUGCCCACUACUUCAUCGUGCAAAAACGACGCAUCAAGGUUUCAGACCUUUAUAUCACUGGAAACAGGUCAAUAUAUUGGUAUAACUUUGGCGUAAACUGGAGAACCGUGCUUUCGUGGGCUGUCGGAGUUGCUCCUCAUAUGCCUGGGUUGAUACAUGCUGUAAACCCAACCAUCAGUGUUUCCGCAGGCGCAUCUCAUCUAUACUACAUCGCUUCGAUAACCGGUUUCGUUAUCCCUUUUGCCCUUACGAUACUGCUUGAUUACCUUGCGCCUGUUAAGGCUCAGAAAGACUUCAUCCAGUCGGUGACUCUACAGGACGCUCAAGAUAUGGCCCAUGAGAUGGCCGAGGCAGGCGACAAAUCGGCUGAAGGUACACAUGGAGAAAAUAGUGUUGAAGAUAAGGUUCCAGACAUACAUUCGAAGGAUCUCAACUGA